AUGUCGUGGCACAAACACCUUUGGGAAGAGGCUGAGCAGGAAUUGAGGCAGAUGGAAAGAGAGAUGGCGGGGCAGAUGAGGCUGCUGCAGCAGCAGCUCCAACAACUCAAGGAGAUGCUGCCUGCAGCCUGCCUGGGCAGCCCAGCCAUGUGCCCCUGCUGCCUGCGCCCCUGGGAGAGGGGGACUCUCACCAGAAGAUCGGAUGCAGAGCAAGAAGUGGGCAGCAGGCAAAGAAGCCGAAGCAGGACAUUGAACUCUUCCCGUGAUGACAACCUUUUGGCUUCCAUGGACAUCAAAGGGUUUGACCCCAAGGAAGUCACUGUAACGGUGAAAGACGGGAAGGUGAAGGUGUUAGCAGAGCACGAGGAGAAGCACACCACUGCAAGAGGGAAGGAGUAUAAAUACAGAAACUUCACGAGGGAAAUCAGCCUGCCACCGGGGGUGAGGGAGGACGAGGUGACCUACUCACUGAAACCAAAUAGCAUCUUGAAGAUUGAGAAGUCACGCGGCUGA